GCAAGGGAGCCCGAGUGGCCUGCAUUACUGAGCCCGGCCUGCGGCGGGAGCUGGGAGAGGGGGGAGGGACGCAGCCGCAGCUGGGCGGGGAGGGAGGGAGGGAGGGAGGGAGGGAGGGUGGGUGAGCAGGUCGUGGGAGUCGUGGGGCUCAGGGUUUCGGGGCGUGUGUGUCGGGGAGGGCAGGGGGAGGUGGCCGAAGGGACGCGCCGCUCGGUGAGCGCGCCGGGGAAGAGAGGCUAGCAGACAGUGGAGGAGGAGGAGGAAGCGGCGGCGGCGGCGGCGGGAGCGCUCCCCGGGAAAGCCUCUCCUGCAGCCACCGCCAGGGCCGCUGCCAUUGAGGUGGAGGAGGAGACUGAGGAGACCAGCCUUGUUAGGAAGAUGAUCCCUAUGAUCUUGAAGAUGUUUCUGCACAGAAAUGAGGGAAACACAAAGAACCAAAUACAGUUCUGAAACUUGGGAUCUGUAUUUUGAGAUGAUUUUAUUUUCAGAAUGAGAAGCAUAUCUGGUUACCUUUAUGAAUGUAGAAACAUGAGAGGAGAGUUAUGAUGGCAAAAAACAAAGAGCCUCGUCCCCCAUCCUAUACUAUCAGUGUAGGUGGACUUUCUGGGACUGAAAAAGACAAAGGUAACUGUGGAGUUGGAAAGUCUUAUUUGUGCAAUAGAUUUGUACGCGCAAAAGCAGAUGAAUAUUAUCCAGAGCAUACUUCUGUGGUUAGCCCCGUUGACUUUGGAGGACGAGUAGUAAACAACGAUCACUUUUUGUACUACUGGGGUGACAUAACAUAAAAUGGUGAAGACGGAGUAGAAUGCAAAAUUCAUGUCAUAACAGAGUUCAUUGAUGACCAGGCUUUCUUGUCUCAUCGGAGUACGAAUUUGCAACCAUAUAUAAAACGUGCAGCUGCAUCUAAAUUGCAGUCAGCAGAAAAGCUAAUGUACAUUUGCACUGAUCAACUAGGCUUAGAACAAGACUUUGAACAGAAGCAAAUGCCUGAAGGGAAGCUCAAUGUAGAUGGAUUUUUAUUACGCAUUGAUGUAAGUCAGGGAUGCAAUAGGAAGUUUGAUGAUCAACUUAAAUUUGCAAAUAACCUUUUUGUCCUGUUAUCGAAAUAAAAAAUACCUGUAAUAAUAGCAGCAACUAAAUGUGAUGAAUGCAUGGAUCAUUAUCUUAGAGAAGUUCAGGCAUUUGCUUCAAACAAAAAGAACCUUCUUUUAGUGGAAAUAUCAGCAGGAUUUAAUGUCAACAUUGAAACACAUUUCACGGCACUGGUACAAAUGUUGGAUAAAACUCGUAGCAAGCCUAAAAUUAUUCCUUAUUUGGAUGCUUAUAAAACACAGAGACAACUUGCUGUCAGAGCAACAGAUAAGUCUGAAAAACUUGUGCAGACUGUGAGAGAUUAUCAUGCAACUUGGAAAACUAUUAGUAAUAAAUUAAAAAAUCAUCCUGAUUAUGAAGAAUACAUCAACUUAGAGGGAACAAGAAAGGCCAGAAAUACAUUCUCAAAACAUAUAAAGCAACUUAAACAGGAACAUAUAAGAAAAAGGAGAGAAGAAUAUAUAAAUACUUUACCAAGAGCUUUUAACACUCUUUUGCCAAAUCUGGAAGAGACUGAACAUUUGAACUGGUCAGAAGCUUUGAAGUUAAUGGAAAAGAGAGCAGAUUUCCAGUUAUGUUUUGUGGUGCUAGAAUAAACACCUUUGGAUGAAACUGACCAUAUAGACAAAAUUAACGAUAGGCAGAUUCCAUUUGACCUCCUGAGCACUUUAGAAGCUGAAAAAGUCUAUCAGAACCAUGUACAACAUGUAAUAUCCAAGAAGAGGAAGGUAGAAAUGAAGGAAAAAUUCAAAAAGACUUUGGAAAAAAUUCAAUUCAUUUCACCUGGACAGCCACGGGAGGAAGUUAUGUGCUUUGUUAUGGAGGAUGAAACCUUCAAAUAUAUCACUGAGGUUGAUAGCAAAGGUAGGCAUCAGUAAGAAAUGGUUGGAAAAACCAAAGAAGAGUUUCAAUAAUUGCUUUUUGAGUGUUCCGAACUUUUUUAUGAUUUAGAUCUUAAUGCAACACCUAGUUCAGAUAAAAAGAGUGAAAUUCAUAUGGUUCUGAGUGAAGAACCUGGAUAUAAAGCUUUACAGAAACUUGCACCUGAUAGGGACUCUCUUCUACUUAAGCAUAUAGGAUCUGUUUAUCAUUCCACUAAAGAAAUACGUCUUAGUGGUCAAAACUGUACAGACAUUAAAGUGGAGCAGUUACUUGCUAGUAGUCUUUUACAGUUGGAUCAUGGCCGCUUAAGAUUAUAUCACGAUAGUACCAAUAUAGAUAAAGUUAACCUUUUUAUUUUAGGGAAGGUCGACCUUGCCCAAGAACUAGCAAAUGAGAUAACACAGUCUACUGAUGAUGAGUAUGCCUUAGAUGGAAUUUAUGAACUUGAUCUUCGGCGUUCGCCUUACUUUUUGAGUCAGUUAUGGACUGCCACCUUUAAACCACAUGGGUGCUUCUGUGUAUUUAAUUCCAUUGAGUCAUUGAGUUUUAUUGGGUAAUUUAUUGGGAAAAUAAGAACUGAAGCUUAUCAGAUCAGAAAAGAUAAACAAAUGGCUAAUCUUCCAUUUACAUUAAUUCUGGCUAAUCAGAGACAUUCCAUUAGUAAGAAUCUACCAGUUCUCAGGCACCAAGGGCAGCAGUUGGCAAACAAGUUACAAUGUCCUUUUGUAGAUGUACCUGCUGGUACAUAUGCUUGUAAAUUUGAUGAAACCCAAAUAAAGCAAGCUCUAAGAGUACUGGAGUCAGUUAAACACAAUUUGGAUGUGGUGAGCCCAGUUCCUGCCAAUAAGGACAUAUCAGAAGUUGACUUGAGAAUUGUCAUGUGUGCCAUGUGUGGAGAUCCAUUUGGUGUGGAUCUUAUUCUUUCACCCUUCUUUGAUUCUCAUUCUUGCAGUGCUGCUCAAGCUGGACAGAAUAAUUCCCUAAUGCUUGAUAAAAUCAUUGAUUAAAAAAGGAGGCUAAUACAGAUCACAAUAUUAUCAUACCACUCUUCAAUUGGAGUAAGAAAAGAUGAACUAGUUCAAGGAUAUAUAUUAGUUUACUCUGCAAAACGGAAAACGGCGAUGGGAAUGUUUUGAGCAUUUCUAUCAGAAGUUCAAGACACCAUUCCUAUACAGCUGGUGGCAGUUACUGACAGCCAAGCAGAUUUUUUUGAAAAUGAGGCUAUCAAAGAGUUAACGACUGAAGGAGAACACAUUGCAACUGAGAUCACUGCUAAAUUUACAGCAUUGUAUUCUUUAUCUCAGUAUCAUCGGCAAACUGAGAUCUUUAUUCUGUUUUUUAGUGAUGUUCUAGAGAAAAAUCAUAUGAUAGAAAAUUCUUAUUUGUCUGAUAAUGCAAGGGAAUCAACCCACCAAAGUGAAGAUGUUUUUCUACCAUCUCCCAGAGACUGUUUUCCCUAUUACAACUACCCUGAUUCGGAUGAUGACACAGAAGCACCACCUCCUUAUAGUCCAACUGGGGAUGAUGUACAGUUGCUUCCAACACCUAGUGACUGUUCCAGAUAAAGAUUAGAUUUGGAAGGAAAUGAAUGUCCUAUUCAUAGUACCCCAAACUGUCAUGACCAUGAAUGCAACCACAAAGUGCCUCCACCUAUUAAAUCUACUUCAGUUGUACUUAAGACAAAUGUGAAAAAAAUGGACCCAAACCUUUUAAAAACAAGCGAAGCUGGUAUUGGUGAAAAUCCAAGAAAGCAGACUUCCCAGGUGCCUUUGGCACAUCCUGAAGAUAUGGAUCCUUCAGAUAACUAUGCGGAACCCGUUGAUAAAAUUUUCAAACAGAAGGGCUAUUCUGAUGAGAUUUAUGUUGUCCCAGAUGAUAGUCAAAAUUGCAUUAAAAUUCAAAACUCAUGUGUAAAUAACACCCAAGGACAUGAAGAAAAUGGAUUUUCUUACAGAACCUCAAAAAAUCAUGGGAAACGGAGGCCUUCAAAAUACAAAUAUAAAUCUAAAACUUUGUUUAGUAAAGCCAAGUCAUGUUAUAGAAGAACACAUUCAGAUGCAAGUGAUGAUGAGGUUUUCACCACUUCUAAAACAAAAAGAAAAGGAAGACAUCAUGGAAGUGAAGAAGAUCCACUUCUUUCUCCUGUUGAAACUUGGAAAGGUGGUAUUGAUAAUCCUGAAAUCACUUCUGACCAGGAGUUAGAUGAUAAGAAGAUGAAGAAGAAAACACGCAAAGUGAAAGAAGAUAAAAAGCAGAAAAAGAAAACUAAGAACUUCAAUCCACCAACACGUAGAAAUCGGGCAAGUGAUUACUUUGGGAUGCCCCUCCGGGAUCUGGUUACAGCUGAGAAACCCAUACCAGUAUUUGUUGAGAAACGUGUGGAAUUUAUUGAAGAUACAGGGUUAUGUACCGAAGGACUCUACCGUGUUAGCAGGAACAAAACUGACCAAAACAAUAUUCAAAAGCAGUUUGAUCAAGAUCAUAAUAUCAAUCUAGUGUCAAUGGAAAUAAAAGUAAAUGCUAAAGCUGGAGCCCUUACAGUUUUCUUUGCAGAUCUGCCAGAUCCUUUAAUACCAUAUUCUCUUCAUCCAGAGCUAUUGGAAGCAGCAAAAAUCCUGGAUAAAACAGAACGUCCUCGCCUUAAAGAAAUUGUUAAGAAAUUUCAUCCUGCAAACUAUGAUGAAUUCAGAUACAUGAUAACACAUCUAAACAGGGUCAGUCAGCAAAAUAAAAUCAACCUAAUGACAGCAGACAACUUAUCCAUAUGUUUUUGGUCAACCUUGAUGAGACCUGAUGUUGAAAAUCGAGAGUUUCUGUCUACUACUGAGAUUCAUCAACCUGUUGUGGAAACAUUCAUUCAACAGUGUCAGUUUUUCUUUUACAAUGGAGAAAUUGUAGAAACAACAAACAUUGUGGCUCCUCCACCACCUUCAAACCCAGGCCAGUUGGUGGAACCAACGGUACCACUUCAGUUGCUGCCACCAUUGCAACCUCAGCUGAUACAACCGUAAUUACAAAUGGAACCUCUUGGUAUUACAUGAGUAGGAAGUGAUCGCAAACAGGCUUGAUUUGGACAAAAAGCAAAUCUAGACAUGCAUGUUUCAGGGUUCAGUAGUAUACUUCAUGUUUCAUACAGAUAAUUCACAUUCAAAGUGACAUUUUCUCUUUGAACUAGAUGGUAUUCCUUAUUCACUUACAUUACAAAUCUAAGACCAUGUGAUAAGCAUAACUGGAGAGGUUUAUUUUGUUUUUAUAAACAAAAAUAGCUAUAAAAUACAAAGCUGCUGCUGCGUGCAACCUUACUGCAAUCAGUAUAUCAUUCCUGUGGCAAUUUCUGUCACAUUAUAUUGUGAAUAAAAUUUUUCUAUAGAAAUUAAAUGAUUUAAAAACUCACCUAUAUGAAACAUUUAAUGCUUUUCAGUCUGCUUUUUGACUGAUUUUGUUAUUUUAUGUGCUAAUUUGGGCAACUUAUUUUACAUUCUAGCAGUCAGUGAAGAUAACUAAAAGCCUAGUUAAGUAUUUCAUAAUUUCAGGCUACUGAGGCCACAUUUGGGAUGUUGUUUGAGAGAAAGAAAAAAAUACCCUUGACAUAUUUCACAUGUCUGUACCUUCAUUUUUACUUCCAAGUAAACCUGUGGAUGAUUCGAUGAGGGAUAAAUGAACCUGUUUCUUUCACACACAUACCAAGGACAUGCUUGUGACUAAAGUGAGUUGAUAAUAUUGUGCAAAGGAUAGUUGUCACCAACUCAUUUCUUUCUGGUCCAUAAUGAAAUAAACAUUUCGUAUACUGUUAAUUCUGUAAACAGAUGCAUGUUCAAAAGAUCUAUGAUGGUCUUGUAAUCUUAAUAUAUUUUAGAUAUUUUAAUUUUUUCCCUCUUGGGGAAUACAUUUAGUACAGUGUAGAAAAUACUUCAUGACAUUUGCAUUAGUGUUAUAUAACUUUUCAUACAUAAACAUGAAAUUUGUUGCAGAAAAUUCUUUAAACCAAACAUUUAAAUCUAGGACUUCAAUUUAAUUUCUUCCUUGUAUCUAUUUUUAUGUGGCCCUUAAAAACAUAUCCAAAAAACCAAUAAAAAUACUUUGGCUACUGACAAACUCUUUGGAGUGUUUAUAUUACAAAUUUGUAUUCAUGUUCUUUUCUGUGAUGUGUUGUCCUAAAAUCCAAGAUGGCUUUUGCACCAUUUUUAAGCCAAUUUUUUUCCUUUGAUGUUGGUACCAGAAUUACUAUAAAUGACUGCUGCUUUUGGGGGUAAACAUUUUGUUAGUGAAAAUAAAACCAGAACACUAAAUUAUGGAUAAAAUUUUCAGAAUAGGUGGCACAGAUAAAUUUCACUAGGUUAUAUUUUG